CCCUCACCCCACCAAUCAAAGAACAAAUAAAUUCUCAGUUUUCUCUCUACAUCGAAUUACAAACUUUCCCACAUGAAGGCUAUUCAAGAAUCACUCUUAACCUUUCUUCUUCUUCUUUUCUUGGCUUUGCAUUUCAUCGCCGCCGUCGAAUCUGCCACGCUUCCGAUAUCGGAGCAGUUCAGGGAGGCGCCGGAGUAUUACAAUUCCCAAGAAUGCCCUUCCAUAAACGGCGCCACCGAUGAAGACAGCUACUACAUAUGCUCCGAUGACGCAGUCCACGUGGCGAUGACCCUCGACGCCGCCUACAUUCGCGGAUCAAUGGCGGCCAUCCUCUCCACGCUCCAACACUCCUCGUGUCCCCAAAACGCCGUGUUCCACUUCGUCGCCUCCGCCUCCGCGAACGCGUCGCGGCUACGCGCCACCAUCCGCGCGUCGUUCCCGUACCUGAAGUUUCAGGUUUACCGUUUCGACGACUCCACCGUGGCGGGGCUAAUCUCCACCUCCAUCCGCUCCGCCCUCGACUGCCCUCUCAACUACGCGCGUAGCUACUUGGCCAACAUCCUCCCGCUCUGCGUGCGGCGCGUGGUGUACCUCGACUCCGACCUCGUCCUCGUCGACGACAUCGCCAAACUUGCCGCCACGCCGCUCGGCGGCGCCGCCGUGCUCGCCGCGCCGGAAUACUGCAACGCGAAUUUCACGGCCUAUUUCACCCCGACAUUCUGGUCAAACCCUUCACUCUCCUUAACCUUCGCGAACCGCCGGCCGUGCUAUUUCAACACCGGCGUUAUGGUGAUCGAUCUUGACCGGUGGAGAACAGGGGAUUUCACGACCAAGAUCGAAGAAUGGAUGGAACUCCAGAAAAGAAUGAGAAUUUACGAACUGGGUUCCUUGCCGCCUUUCCUCCUAGUCUUCGCCGGAAAAAUUGCGCCGGUGGAUCAUCGGUGGAACCAACACGGGCUCGGCGGGGACAACUUUCGCGGGCUCUGCCGGGAUCUCCAUCCGGGUCCGGUGAGCCUAUUGCAUUGGAGCGGGAAAGGGAAGCCAUGGGUGAGAUUGGAUGCUAGUCGGCCAUGCCCGUUGGAUGCUCUCUGGGCUCCUUAUGAUCUCUUAAAGCCGCAAUUUUCUUUCGAUUCUUGAAUUUUCUUGAAAAACAGAGACGCCGGAGACGGAAAGUUCCACUAUAACGCCGUUAGUUAACUUUGAGUCUCAAAAAUUCGUUUCAGUACUGUAAAGAUGAAGAAGUUUUGAGGAGUUUUUGAAAUUCAAAUUAGGAAAAUAAAGUGAAAAAAAAUAAAAAUAAAAAAGGGUGAAUACAAAAUUCAUAUUAUUACUGCUGUAAUGAGGAUAAAAAGUAAUUCCUUUUUUUUUUUUUUUUUUUGGAAUUUUCCUGAAUGAUGUAUGUUUUGUACAGAGUUAAAUCCAUUUUUUGUCCUA